UCUGGCGCUACCAUGGCGUUUGGGAAGAGUCACCGGGAUCCCUACGGGACCCCGUUGGGCCACCUCAUAGAAAAGGCUACGUUUGCUGGAGUUCAAACUGAAGACUGGGGCCAGUUCAUGCACAUCUGUGAUAUAAUAAACACUGUCCAGGAUGGGCCAAAAGAUGCAGUAAAAGCUUUGAAGAAAAGGAUUUCCAAAAACUAUAAUCAUAAAGAAAUCCAACUUACUUUGUCACUUAUUGACAUGUGCGUGGAGAACUGUGGUCCAAGUUUCCAGUCUCUGAUUGUGAAGAAGGAAUUCUUGAAAGAUAGUCUAGUUAAGCUGCUGAAUCCCAGAUACGCUUUGCCAUUAGACAUUCAGAAUAAAAUCUUGAGUUUCAUUAAGACUUGGUCUCAGGGUUUUCCAGGAGGUGUGGAUGUAAGUGAAGUAAAAGAAGUAUACCUUGACCUGCUUAAGAAAGGCGUACAGUUUCCUUCCUCAGAUGCCGAGGCUGAAACAAGACCACAGACUACUCAGAUCUCAUCUAAUCCACCAACAUCUGUUCCUACUGCACCGGCUCUUUCUGCUAUAGUUGCUCCCAAGAACCCGACCAUUACAUUGGUCCCAGAACAGAUUGGAAAAUUACACAGUGAGCUGGAUAUGGUGAAAAUGAAUGUGAGAGUGAUGUCCACCAUAUUAAUGGAGAACACCCCCGGAUCUGAAAACCAUGAAGAUAUAGAGCUUUUGCAGAAACUUUAUAAGACGAGUCGAGAGAUGCAGGAGAGGAUCAUGGACCUGCUGGUGGUGGUGGAGAAUGAAGAUGUAACUAUUGAGCUAAUUCAAGUGAACGAGGAUUUGAAUAAUGCCCUCCUUGGAUAUGAGAGGUUUGCUCGAAACCAACAAAGGGUUUUGGAGAAAAAUAACAACCAGGAGGAAGCUGCCAAUGCUACCAGUGAACCUUCUGCCCCAUCUUAUGAUCUCCUCGACCUAAGCCCCAGCCCCCUGACUCCUAGGGCCGCUCUGGGAGAACUCAGCACUAUGAAUGCUCAGCUUUCAGACUUAAGUAAAUAAGCACUUGGGCCUUUUCAGACCAGCAGAAGCACUUGAUGUGAAAUACUUCCCCUUGAUUUCAUAAUUAAUUGCCACCUGAGAAGGAUUGAAGUCAGUUAGAAUAUUGGAGAACUAUGUCGGGAAAUAUAAUUCCUUCCCAGCCAAUGGUUGGGUCAAACCCAAUACGGGAAUGGGAUGUGUCUGGGGAAGGAGGUCCUUGAAAAUCAUCCCGCUGGCUUAGAAUCUCUCAGUUCAUCUGCUGCUCUGUAGAGGUUGUUCAACUCCAUGGCCAAUGCUUAAGGCUACUCUGAACCCAUACACUAUAAUCUGUGGGUUCCCCUGCUAUGCCACAGCAUCGGGUAAGGGAAUACACGAUGAAAUGAAAUGGCGAAAUCUAGCAAUUACAA